AUGGAGAUUGGAGUUUUACGAAAAUUCCUGCGUGCUCGUGAACGAAAUGCUUUUCGUGGUGAUGAGGAUUCUACGAUUAUCAAUGGAUAUCGUCGGAUCAAUAAACAUUACGACAGUUUUCACGAAGCAAGUACACAAUUAGUUAAACGUAAGCUCUUAGCCGAUAAUGAUCAUUCUGAUUCUAAUCACGAAGUAGAUGGUUCAAAAAGGUGUCAACAACAAUAA